AUGAGUUUCGCCGGUCCGAAAGAGGUGAUUGCCGAGGGUGACACGGUCGUGCUAUACCUAACGCCGGCUAUGAUGCACUCGAUCGAGGCGGUGCGGCAGAUUCGCAACAAAAAGAACGAAAUGAUCGAGUACGUGUUCCAGACGUGUUUUGGUGCACUGAAAGUGAGUGAUCUGAUCGGCCAGCGGUACGGGGCCCGUGUGCAGCUCACCAAAGGCUGGGCCCACGUUCUGCAGCCGAACCCCGAGCUGUGGACCCAAACGUUGCCCCAUCGAACGCAAAUCCUGUACACGCCCGAUAUCAGCAUGAUACUGUACCAGCUGGAAGUCCGACCCGGGAGCGUCGUGGUCGAGUCCGGUACCGGCUCCGGCUCGCUGUCGCACUACUUCCUGCGGGCCAUACGCCCGUCCGGCCACCUGCAUACGUUCGACUUCCACGAGGAACGGUGCGCGAAAGCACGCGACGAGUUUGCCGCGCACGGACUGGGUGACAGUGUGACCGUCCGGCAGCGGGACGUUUGCGAGCAGGGCUUCGGACCCGAGCUGGACGGGAAGGCCGAUGCCGUGUUUCUCGAUCUUCCCGCACCGCACCUGGCCGUGCCGCAUGCCGCCAGCGCGCUAAAGAACGAAGGUGGUCGGAUCUGUUCGUUUUCGCCGUGUAUCGAACAAUCGAUGCGGGUCUGUGAGGCGCUCACCCAGUGCGGCUUCAUCGAGAUACAGAACCUCGAGGUGCUCCAGGUGGAGGACAUCGUCCGCACACGAAACGUACCGGUGAUGGAGCUCGAUUUCCUCAAGACAAAAAAAACGGACACCGCCAAGGAUACGAAAACACCGCGGGAAAGCAAGAAGUACAUCACUUCGACCGCCCCGAACACGAUGGCCGGCCAUACGGGAUACCUGACGGUCGCCGAACUGCCGCCCCUUUUUGCCCGAUAA